GGUCCCGGCGUGAUAAGGGAAGGGGUGGGGAGGCAAUAGCGACGACCUAGACCCUAAACUUCACCUUGACGCCCCCCUAGCCGCUGUCCAUGGUUCGGAGGGGGACGGUAGGGCUAGGAUCUUACCGGCCCCCUCCCCGUUGCCAUCGGGAGGAGGCGGGCAGCCGGUGCCGGUUCCACAUCGGCGGGAUUGGUUGCAGUUUCGUGACGCGGCCCCAUUUUACCGAGGGAGGGGGGAUGGGUGUGGUGGGGUUGUGGAAUCGUUGCGGUGGAGCUGCCGGGAUGAGUGCGGCCGAGAGCCGGCCCCGGUGCCGGUGGAGUGGUGAGGCGGUGCUCCGGGCCCGGGCCGAAGCUGCCGGUUACCGGCGGCUGCUACGUGCCCGUGCUGCCGAGGUGGAAGCGUUACGCGGGGCCGUGGGCGCGUUGCACCGGCAGCUGGAGGGGCUGCGGGACCGGCGGAGCGGGGAGCUCGCCAAGUACCAGGGAGAUGCUGGAGAGCGAGGAGCUUCGUCUGGGCUGCCUGGUCCCGUCGUGAUGAGACCCCGCACCGCGGCGCCUCGGGGUCCCAUGAGCUCCCCCCCGGACGACCGAGCCGAGUGAUUCCCGGACACGUUGCACUUCUCCAGACUCCCGGAGCCCCGGUGCUGCUGUUUCCCCGUGCCAUGGGCCCCUCGGACUCAUGGAUCCCUGGACCCGCGCAGUGCAGCGCCCAUUGGCCGCCCACUCUCACCAGCCUCUCCAGAGCAGCAGCGGGGCCGGGGGGGCCCGGCCCGCCGAAGCACCUCAAUAAAGCCCCGUGGCAUUA